AAAGUGAGAGCAAGGGUCAUGUUGAGUUCAAGAAUCACUCAUAGAAAUUUGUAGAGCCAUUGCUGAGUCACUGACAGAGAAACAAACCGAGUUUGUCUCUGCACGCUUCUCGUGAGUCACCAUUCUUCUUCCUCCAUGGAUUCAUCAACACUCUCAACUCUUACUACAACUCUUUCUAGAACCAGAAACACUGUUUUCUUAGGUGAAACUUCAAGAUUCUGUACCAUUCAAUCACCCAAAACUUCUCAAUCUCGCUUCAUUCUUAGAAACUUCAAGCCUACAACAACUCAUGCUGUUCUCACUACAGGGAUCAAUGAUUUUGAAGAAUCCACGACUUUUCAAGAUGGACCCUAUUUUGAUACUCCUAAAGCUGACCCUAAAAGUGUUGCUUCAAUCAUUUUGGGUGGUGGUGCUGGAACUCGCCUUUUUCCUCUUACUAGCAAAAGAGCUAAACCUGCUGUUCCAAUUGGAGGGUGUUAUAGGCUUAUUGAUGUUCCUAUGAGCAAUUGCAUCAACAGUGGGAUUAGGAAAAUAUUCAUCUUGACACAGUACAAUUCUUUCUCCCUCAACCGGCAUUUGUCUCGCGCGUAUAAUUUUGGAAAUGUUUCUACUUAUGGGGAGGGUUUUGUGGAGGUAUUGGCUGCGACUCAAACGUCUGGAGAAGCUGGGAAGAAGUGGUUCCAAGGGACAGCGGAUGCUGUGAGGCAAUUUUUAUGGGUUUUUGAGGAUGCUAAGACUAAGAAUGUUGAGCAUAUAUUGAUACUUUCCGGUGAUCAUCUUUACCGGAUGAACUAUAUGGAUUUUGUCCAGAAACACAUCGACACAAAUGCUGAUAUCACAGUUUCAUGUCUUCCCAUGGACGACAGUCGAGCAUCAGAUUAUGGGUUGAUGAAAAUUGACGGAACGGGACGGAUUAUACAGUUUGCGGAAAAACCUAAAGGAUCAGAUUUGAAAGCAAUGCGUGUUGAUACAACGGUUCUUGGGUUAUCUCCCGAAGAAGCAAAGGAACAGCCUUAUAUUGCAUCUAUGGGUGUCUACGUGUUUAGAACCGAGACCCUACUUGAACUAUUAAAAUUGAACGGUUCUACUUGCAAUGACUUCGGAUCUGAAAUUAUCCCGUCAGCUGUUAACGGGCACAAUGUCCAGGCCUUUUUGUUCAAUGACUACUGGGAAGAUAUUGGAACCAUAAAGUCCUUCUUUGACGCAAAUCUGGCCCUAACAGAACCGUAUCCAAAGUUUCAAUUCUAUGAUCCAAAGACACCUUUCUUCACUUCCCCAAGAUUCCUACCACCCACUAAAGUAGAAAAAUGCAAGAUUGUGGAUGCAAUUAUUUCUCAUGGUUGCUUCUUGAGAGAAUGUAGUGUUCAACAUUCUAUUGUUGGAAUCCGCUCCCGUUUGGAGUCUGGUGUGGAGCUUCAGGAUACCAUGAUGAUGGGUGCUGACUACUAUCAAACUGAGGCUGAAAUUGCAUCUCUGCUGGCAGAAGGAAAUGUCCCAAUUGGUGUUGGAGAAAAUACCAAAAUCAGGAAUUGUAUCAUCGAUAAGAAUGCAAAAAUCGGAAGAAAUGUUAUCAUUACAAAUGCGGAUGGUGUUGAAGAAGCAGAUAAAACUAAAGAAGGAUUAUACAUUAGGUCCGGCAUCACUGUUAUUUUGAAGAAUGCAACUAUUAAAGACGGAACAGUUAUCUGAAGCACUUCAAAUUAUCCGGUCGAUCUCUAGAGUUUAGAUAUAAACUUGAGUACAAUAGUUAGUUUGUCGGCACUUACGUAGUUGAAAUACCUAGAGUACUCAAUUUAAGAAAGCGACGUUUGAAAAACAUGCGUAUUAAACUAGUAAACAACAGAAUCCGUGCGGUUCCACAUGUAUCUUUAUAGUUUUCUGAAUAAAAGUUUAUCAUCAGCUUCUUAAUAUAAA